UGACAUUGUAUACAACAUCCGGGUCCUUUCAAUAUGGCCGCGUUGUGUUGAUGAUCUCUGAGAUUGGCUCCACUCGCUUUUAAGGAUUGCUUAUUUUAGUAUCUCAUCUUCUAGCACUGACAAAAAAGGUGUGAGCCAUGUCUGACACGGAUGGCAAGGAAACAGACAAGGAGAAGCUGUCAGCUGGACAGACUGAAAAGGAUGAGGACACAAGUUCCAAGAAACCAGCCACUCCGUCCUCCGUCAAGUCUAAGAGCCCCACUCCAUCUGGUCCAGGAAGCGCCAGGACAGGGAGUAAGGCUGAGAGUAAGCCAGGAAGUGGGGUUGUCAAGAAUGCCAAGAGCCCACAGUCUAGCGCCAAGAGUAAAACUGCACCAAAGGCAAAUGCAAAAGGGAAGGGCAAACCCAAGUCUGAGGAUAAGCGUGAAGACACGCCUGCUGCCAGCACCACUGCCGACGACACAGAGGAAGAUGGCAUCCCUGAUGGAGUCGUUCCUCUCUUCAUGGCAUCCAAAACACAGGAGAUCUUCCACUGUGUGUGUGACGAGGAUGUUACGAAAGAGGAACCCUUCAAGAUCAUCCCCAAACAGGACAUCAUAGAGGACAUGAAGAUGAGAGCAGCCAUCAGUGACUUCAGUGUUCUCAAACAGCAGAUCCUGGACUACCCUGGGGAAGAACUGCUUGUGGUAUAUGACUACGAUUUCAAAUACGAGCAGAACUUCUAUGUGGCACUGACAGAAGAAGCCAAGGAAAAACUACUCCAUCCCCCGGUGAAGGGAAGGGAAGGGGGAGGCGAGGAGGGGGAAGAGGAGGAGGAGGAGGAGGAGGUUGUGUACACAUACGUCCCCCCAGAAGCCAAGGAGUGGGUGUCCCAGGGCAGUGAGAAGGAGAUUCAGGAGGAGACUGUUGUGGACACCAGGAGGAGGGUGAAAGUUUGUAUCCGAAGAAAGAGGCUAGAUUUUGGUGCACCAUGUACCUUUGAAGACCGCAACGUCAGUGAUGCCAAAGAUGGGUAUGUGGAGUGUACCACAUAUGAGGAUAAGACAUAUGACUUGAAGAUGCUUGAGCUUGACAAGGGGACACAGGCAAUCCCUCUGAUCUCAGACGCCGGCACCCAGACCGACUGGAAGUAUCCCCGCAAUGCCAACACACAGUACUACCCUCGUGAGUACUCUGAACAGGAGCGGGAGAAGAUAGCGUCAUCCAAGCCAGUCAAGGACUUUGUAGGCACAGUUGCACCAAGGUUUGAACUGGCUCUCCAACAGAAUGAAAUCAUGAAUGUUUUCUUCAACGACUGGUUGAACCUUGGCGACUCGGACAGUUUUGGCAACAAAGCCGACAAUCACCUCAAGGAGUACCAGUCCUUCACAGACCUGCAGUUCAGUAAGGAGAAGAGGAUCACCAGCAUACAGUGGCACCCCAGCAUUAAAGGUGUUGUCGCAGUUGCUGUGGCAGAGAGGUUGACGUUUGAUGAGCGUAUUGACAACGCAGCUAAGGUCAUCAUGACCCCAUCACUGAUACUCAUCUGGAGUUUCACAGACCCCAUCCACCCACAGCUUCUGCUAGAGGCCCCGGAUGACAUCUACAGUUUCCAGUUCAAUCCAGUCGACCCCAACAUCAUCGUUGGCGGCUGCUGCAAUGGUCAAGUGGUAUUAUGGGAUAUCUCAGCACAUGCUGAUCGACUGAAAGCGCCUCGAGGAGGUCACAGGAAGAAAGAGAAGAAUGUGUUGCCAGGAUUUGAGGACCCCAAUGCCCUGAAGACCCCCAUAGUGAGGUACUGUGCAGUGUCCAGUAUAGAGCAGAGCCACAAGGCAGCCAUCACAGACAUACAGUGGGUGCCUGACCACAUGGAGGUAAACAGAAUGGGCAUUCCACAAGAGAACCGAUCCCUCAACUGUAUCCAGAUCAUGUCCUGUGCUACUGACCACUGUGUGAUGUUCUGGGACACAAGGCCGUCUAAAGGCCAACAGGGGAAGGAUGAUGACAAAGGCCCCAAGAACCCAAUGGGCAUCGCUAACACCUUCCGUCACCUUGACCUUCAGUGGAAGCCCCAUCUCAGGGUGAACCUUCACAAGUCUGAGCCAGGCGGUGACCACAGUGCUACCAAGUUCACCAUACAGGAGAGGCAGGGAGACAGAUCAGCACAGCAGGGAGACAGAUCAGCACGGUCAGGGGACGGAUCAGCACACAAUAUUUUUGAAGAAAAACCAGAAGACAUUGCCAAGGCAACAGACAGUGUGGACAAAGACCAGAGUCAGUCAGGAGGGUUUUCCUUUGGGAGCAACAAGCCUGGAUCAGGAAAAGAGAAGAAGACGCUUCAGUCUGUCAACACCCACUUCUAUGUGGGCACAGAGGACGGUGAAGUCGUGUACGUGGAUUGGAUGCCACAGAAAGAUCAGGACACCGGCAAGAUACAGACCCCAAAACCAGUGUACUACCAUUCCAUCCAUGACGGACCAGUCAGAGCUCUGGAGAGGUCGCCCUUCAUCAAGGAGGUCGUGUUGUGUGUGGGAGGAUGGACCUUCAGUCUGUGGAAGGAAAAUGUUUCGAGUGGACCGAUCCUGUUCUCUGCUGCCUCCAACGUGAAGCUGUCUGCUGGCCACUGGUCACCCUCUCGACCCGGUGUCUUCUUCAUUGCCAAGGUGGACGGCAGUGUUGAUGUAUGGGACCUGCUGGACAAGACACACGAGCCUUCGAUCACACAGAGCGUGUCGCCAUCCCCCAUCACCACCCUCUACCCCUUCCAAGUCACACAGAAGCAGCAGCUGUUGGCCGUGGGAGACGAUGCGGGGACACUCCACAUCCUCGAGAUCCCCUGGAGUCUGCGACAACCUACAUCCAAUGAGAUGAAUGGCGUGAGUAAUUAUUUCGAGCGGGAAGUCAAGAGACGAGGGUUCGUUGUUCAGAGAUGGGACUUCAGAGAAACAGAGAAGAGAGAGCUGGAGGCGGAGAUAAAACGAAAAGCUGGGAUUGCUCCUAACGUGGUGUUGACGGAGGAGGAGCUGGAGUACAAGGCUAAGAUGGAGUACAUCGAGUACGAGAAAGAGGAGGCCAACUUCCUGCGGGAACUCGGACUCAAGGCAGAGGAGGAGGAAGUCCUGCCAGAAGUAUAGUCCCCUGCCAAGUCUGACCUCAGGAGCUCAGGAGACCUCACUCAGCAUUACUACACCAGUGAUGCAGCUGUGGGUCAUGGUGUAGCUUCCCUUUAGCCAUCAGUACACCAGAUGCUGUCAAACACUGCAGCAAGAUCGCCAUACAGCAGAACCUUAUGCAAGUUUGGGUUACAUUAAAUCCUGUUUAUUUCUGCAUCGAUGAUUGUGUUAAGGACUGUGAACUCCUAUAUUCGAGAUUGCCAAGUGUACCGAGAUCCAGAUUCUCUAUCACUCUCUAUCUUAUGUCCUGUGUUAUGACCAACUGUGAUAUUUACCAUGUGUCCUGGGACCUGUAGGAACAGCCUCCCUGUAUGUGAUGUUGGCUUGAACGAUGUAGACAUAUAUUAACUGUUCCAUUGUUGAAGUUGUUGUUUUCAUAUUCAUUUGUCCAAUGUGUACAUAAUCACCUGAUGUGUUUGUAAAUUCACAUAAAUAUGUAUAACAUAAUCAAUAAACAGUUCAUUCAAAAAA